AUGCGCUCUCCGGGUGGAUGUAACCGGCGACCGUGCGGCCCCCUCCGUGAGGUGGGUCUCCUGGCCUCGCGAACCGGCAUCGCCACUGGCCCCCACCCGGCCGGGGCGCUCGGCAAUGGGUUUUGCCGGGCCGCCGCGCAGCCGGUGCCCGGCUGCCAGCGCCUGGCCCACCCCCACAUCAAUGAGGACUGCGCGGUGUGCGAGCCGGGCUACUGCCUGGACAGCAAUCACAAGUGCCUGCCGGUCGAGGCCCAGCCGGCCGGCGACCUGUGCGGCGACCGGUGCUUCGGCCAGGCCCUGCGGCCGGACGGCUUCGACUGCGCCGCCUGGCCCAUGGCCACCAUGGCCCCGUCGGACGAUGAGCCGGCCGGCCGGCCGGAGCACCGGCACCUGCUCCGGUGCAGCGCCCCGGGCGUGUGCUUCCAGUGCCACGACACGUGCGACGAGUGCGCCGGGCCCGGGCCGAAGGACUGCACCGCCUGCCCGGCCGGGCACUUCCUCCUGGCCCACGGCGCCAAGGACUUCCCCCAGGCCCGGGUCCAUGUGGGGACCUGCAUCCGGGGGCACAAUGCCCAGGGCGACCCGGCCGCCCCGGCCGGCUGCCCGGCCACCACGGUCAACACCGGGCAGGACGUGUGCGUGGCCUGCCGGCAGGACUGCCUCACAUGUGACCCGGCCAAUCCGGGGCACUGCCUGUCCUGCAUGCGGGGGUUCUUCGCCUGGCCGGAUGGUACCUGCUCGGCCACCUGCCCGGAGGGCAUGGUCAAGGACUCGCUGGCCGGCCGGUGCGUCCACUGCACGGUGGACCACUGCACCCGCUGCGUGACGGAUAACCCGGGGGUGUGCAUCGCCUGCCACGCCGACCGGCCGAUCCUCUUCCACAACCAGUGUGUGGACAGCUGCCCGCCGGGGUACCGGCGGUCCGGCACCGCCUGCCUCCCCUGCAAGGCCAAUUGCCUCGAGUGCGAUGGAGGCCCGGACAGCUGCUCCACCUGUCGCAGCGGGUUCUUCCUGCGCAAUGACACCUGCCACAGUGAAUGCGGCUGCACGCACUUCUGGGACGAGGACACCCCCGGGGCCGAGCCCGGGUGCCGGAUUUGCAGCGCCGCCUGCCACACGUGCGCCAUCCGGGCCACCAACUGCGUGACCUGCCUGCCGGGCAUGAUGCUGGUCCUGCCGCGCCAUGCGCACGAGGACCACCAGUGCGCGGCCACCUGCCCGGCCGGCUGGUACAAGUCCGGCUCCCUGUGCAAGCCCUGCACCGAUCCCAAGUGCGUGGGCUGCUACGGGGGCGGCAACACCUGCCACACAUGCGCCCAUGCCCAUGCGGCCUUCGAGCGGCGCGAGUGCUUCAACCCCUGCCCGGAGGGCUACUACAAGUACGACAAGGCGUGCCUCAAGUGCGGCGGCGGCUGCGGGACCUGCUACAAUGGCCUCGGCAUCGGGUGCAUCACCUGCCGCGUGGACCCGAACACCCGCAUCCCGUUGGUCAAGCGCAUGCAGCCCGGCACCUUCGACCACACCCUCAACGCCCAGUGCGUCAGCUUCACCACCAUCCAGGCCGGCUGGGGGCUGUACUUCCAGGACCAGAAGAACCACUACACCGUGCCGUGCCCGGAAAACUGCGCCGCCUGCUUCGUCGACCACCCGCACGACCCGGAACUUCGGACCCUCCAGUGCACCGAGUGCGCCAGUGGCUUUGUUCUGGCCGACGACCGCCAGACGUGCGUCCGGCCGGACGCCGAGGACUCCUCCGCGUGA